AUGUUUAAAUCUUCGUCCUUAUUUGUCUUCGUCCAACCGUUGCAGUUGCGUCGCUUGCUCGAGUUCUGCCAGUGGCCAGCACGAGAUGCGAUCUUCGUAUCCGUAUAUGACGCCACAGUGUUAGGCAAUAUCCGGGCGGAGUCUCAACUUGGAGGCGCGCAAAUUUUGGGAACCCUGGAGCCCUGGCGCUUGUUUCUGCUUGCAACGUUCGUAAUGGCCGCGUCCCCUAUUCCCAACGGUGCAGCCCUCCAACCGCAAGAAAAGUGGAACGACAUGGACGACCACCCUCGCGACGUAGUCAUGCCUGCACAAGGCGACGUUGACAACGGCGGCCAUCUCACUGGCGACGACCGAGUGGCCCCGCAGACCACUGACGGUGCAGACUAUGCUCGCGGUGGCUCUGUUGCGGGGGAUGGUGCAAAUCCGGGCUCAAGCGCAAAGUCUGACGCGGGCUAUCGCGGUGAAAAACAGAUCAAGCCGAAUAAGGUCUACAUCGGCGGGUUGCCAGAACAUACACGAAAGGAAGAUUUGGAAAGUUGCUUUGGUAAAAUUGGAACAAUCGUGAACAUAGAACUCAAGGUCGGAUACGGCUUCGUGGAAUUUGAGAGCCGUGAAGCUGCGGAGGAGAGUGUAGCAAAGUACCAUGAAGGCUAUUUCAUGGGUAAUAAAAUUCGUGUCGAACUCUCUCACGGUGGUGGAAGAACUGCUAAGUACAGCGGCGACCCGGGAGCGUGCUUCAAGUGUGGUCAGGUCGGUCAUUGGGCUAGGGAAUGUCCUAACCAUAUGCCUAAUGGGAAUCAUCGCCGUCCCCAUCCAAUCGACGCACCGCUGAUUGACCGAAUUCAGCCCCCUCGGGACUAUCCACCCUCUGCAAGAGAUUAUCCUCCGUACCGUGAUGAUUACGCUCGUUACCCACCUCGUGACGUUCGCUAUGGUUAUGAUUUCCCCCCGCCUCUGCCUGGACGUGACUUUAGGCGACCGCCAUCUCCGCCUAGAGAGUUUCGCGACUAUCCUCCCCCUUCCGUCCGUUCCGGUCGUGAUUAUGAUGAUUUCAGGAUGAGGGGUCCUCCGCCCCCGCCCCCGCCGCCUGUUCCUUCCGCUCGCUACGAGUCUCGUAGUGGUUAUUAUCCUCCUGAGGCUGAUGCUCCUCCUGGCUAUCCCCCUCGUAGCUAUGGUCCCCCUCCACCUCGAGACUACUAUGAACGCUAUGAGAGAAGACCCCCACCUCCUUCGGAUCGUUAUCCUUACCCGCCGCCAGCAGCUGCGCGACCUAGGACGCCUCCUGGCGGGCCAGUGCCUCGUUCUCGUGACGAUUAUGACAGACCACCUCGUGACUACGUAGCACCUCCACCAGAAGUCAGAGGCCGACCAGCGUCCCCUCCGCCCUCACGCUACGCUGAUUAUCCUCCUCGUGCUGGUAGUUCUGAGGCUCCUGCUGCUAGAUAUCGUCGUCGAUCCCAGAGUCCUCCUGCUCGUUCUGCGUCUAAUGGGUAUGACUCUGCAGCCUACCAGGGCGGUUCUGGUGCUCCUUACAAUGGCGGCUCUUCUGGCGGCUUCGCAGGUAGCGGCUAUGCAAAUGGUAGCUCUGCUCCCCCUCCUCGAGGUUCAGGCUCUGGCAGAGAUUAUCCUGCGCGAAGUUCUCGCGAUGUUGAGCCGAGCGGUGGCUACAGGCGGCCGUAA